UUCAAUAUCAAUACAUACUUCCCUUUUUUACUCUAUUUAUCCAUUCUCAUGCUUUGUUAUAGGGUCAUAUAGAAUGUACCAAGAGUCCAUCUCCGCUUAUACCAAAAAUGGACAAUUGAGAUAUCAAAAUAUUAAACUUUUCUCAUAAAGACCUCUAUUGACAAUUCCCAGCUUCGCGCGCCAGCAAUGACACAGCCUCCACCAGGUAGUCAUCAGCAUCCCUAUGGGGCACAUAAUGUUUCACCUCAGUUCAUGCAGCAAGGUCAGCCAACUGCAAGAUCUCAACAGGCUCAACCAUUGACUCAUUCUAACGCACCUCAAUACAAUGCUGAUCAACUAGUAAAUAGUAUGAGCAAUAUGAAUAUUCAUUCUGAUUCCCAGAGAGCUGGUCGUUCACGUCGAGCAUAUACACCAAUACCACCAAUUCCACAAGCUCCACCUCAACCACCCAACAACUACAACAAUCUGCCAACCACCCAAGUUAAUCAACAGACACCUCUUGGUCUCCCGCCUCAGACAAAAAAGCCACGUAUUGAUCCAAACCUACUACCAUCACCUGUGGAACUUCAAGUCCGCGAUGCUGAUCGUUGCGAACGGCCUGACUACUACUAUGGUACUUGCACAGAGGAAGUACCGCCUCUUGCCAGCACCAACUUCAAAUGUAUCGAUCAGGGCAAUUGUAAUCCUCGGUUUAUGCGACCCACAUUGAGGGAUAUACCCAGUGACAGCAACCUUGUACAAGAUACGGGACUUCCAUUUGGCAUCAUCAUCCAACCCCUCGCUCAACUUCACCCUGAAGAUGAAAAUGUUCCAUUAAUACCGCUCUCUACAGAUGGCCCAGUACGCUGUAGUCGUUGUAAAGGAUAUAUCAAUCCUUGGUGUCAGUACAUUGAUGCAGGAAGAAAAUUUAUUUGCAACUUGUGUGAGUUUACCAAUAUUGUACCUGAACACCAGUUCUGUCCAGUGGAUAUUGUAUCUGGCAGAAGAAUGGAUACAGAUAAACAUCCUGAACUGAUGCAUGGAUCUGUGGAAUUUCAAGUACCUGAGGAGUAUUGGUUGGGCGUUCAGCCUUGUCCUUUGCAUUAUCUGUUUGCUAUAGAUGUUUCCAGAAAUGCAACAGGCAUGCUUCAUCAAUUUUGCGGUGUUAUAAAGGAUAUGAUAAGCUCCAAUUGCUUUCAGCCUGGUACCAAGCUUGGUAUUAUGACCUUUGAUAAUAGCCUACACUUUUACAACUUGCAGUCGACAUCAGACACGGCAAACAUGAUGGUCGUGCCAGAUCUGGAAGAUGUAUUUAUUCCCCUUUUAGAGGGUCUCUUUGUUGACCCUUAUGAGUCAAGGAACGUCAUCAACAAAUUAUUGGAUCAAAUACCCAACGUGUUUCAGUCCAAUCCCGUGUCUACUGCAGCAUUUGGAUCUGCUGCGAGAGCUGCACUAUUGGCAUUGAAAAAUCAAGGAGGCAAAGUGAUCUCAACUCUGGCAACACUCCCCACCAUUGGACAAGGCACCCUAAAAGACCGUAAUGACACAAGCCUCUAUGGACGUGAAAUCGAAAAGAGCCUGUUUACUCCUCAGGGCAACUUCUAUACGAAGCUGGGUAAUGAGCUUGUGGAAGCAGGCGUUUCUGUAGACAUCUGGUUAGCUCCACCAGCCAACUAUUACAUUGAUGUCGCGACAGUAGGUGUCUUGUCUGCCCUUACAGCAGGAGAGAUACACUACUUGCCCAAUUUUGACAUAUCUUCCAAACAAAUGUACCACAACCUAAGACACACUGUGCAAGCCGAGCAUGGCUAUCGAGCUAAAUUGCGUGUUAGAUGUUCUAAUGGCGUCACUACUGCAGAUCACUAUGGUAAUUUCUCCAUGGAUACGGCCACUGACAUUGACUUGGCUGGUAUUCAUGCAGAUACCGCGAUUGGUGUUGAACUUACGCAUGAUGGAAGUAAAUUAACCAAGGAUGUGUAUAUUCAAAGUGCUAUGCUCUAUACCACGUCGAAUGGUGAACGACGACUUCGAGUGCAUAACUUGAAGCUUGCUGUGGGAACAACAGUUGCUUCUGUAUUCAAAGGAGCAGACGCGGAUACUUGUCUGAAUCUUUUAACCAAGAAAUUUAUCACCUUAUCCAUCAAAAAGUCAUUGAGCGAUCUCUCGAACGAGUUGGAUCAACUAUGUGUCAAGGUGUUGUUAAACUAUCGCAAAUAUGUGACACCUCAAGCUUCACCAGCUCAGCUUGUCUUGCCAGAAACUGUCAAAACACUACCACUUUUAAUUUCUUCGUUCAAAAAGUCCAUCUUACUAAGAAAAGAUUCCUCUGUAAAUGCUGAUGUCAGAGUCUAUACUAUGCGAAGAAUAAAGUCUGCUGGUAUCAAAGAAACAAUUAGAUGGUUCUAUCCACCAAUGAUCAAGGUUCAUGAAUGGCUUAUGCAGAGUGACAAGACUAGAUAUCCUCUCGAGAGGCUGUCUUAUGAGAAAAUGGACCCCAAGGGCAUUUACUGGAUAGAGACAUAUGAUUCUAUCUUCUUAUGGUUGGGAAAGGAAACACCUUCAGAACUUAUAAAUCUUGCUGGAGUUUCUGAUUCUACCAUGGUUAAUCCUAUUGAUGUUUUACAAGAUAAUAAUCAUCCUCUGUGGAACUUGUACAACCGUAAGAUGGGCUCACAUUGUGCUUAUUUACCCAAGUUUCAGAUAAUUCGCCAAGGACUGGAUUUAGAAAUUGAAUUAGCAAAGGUGUUGGUUGAAGAUGAAGUUUAUUCACAAAUGAGUUACCCAGACUAUUUGUGUGAGCUACACAGACAAAUAAAAUUAGAGGUAAAGUAAAACGGUUAUUAUUCAUAUAUAUUCACUUUAUAUUUUUAGCUUGGCAGAGAAGACC